AUGGCGGGAAGGAAUGUGAAGGCAAAAGGUCAAGGACGUGAGAAGAUGCUGGAAGAACUGCGAGAGAAGUGCAGGAGGAGACUGAAAGACGAGAGAAAGAACCUUGUUGACACGCUCAGAGGAUUGGCACAAGGCAAGAAUGUGCUGGACAUGCACCAGGAACAGCUAGAGGCUGUCAGGGAUUUUACGAGAAAUCUAAUCGAAAGAGUGAAAAUGGACGAGGGCAUAAAUGAUCAAGAAGUUGGAGCCUUCAAGUCUACAGCGGAAGCCUAUCCUUCGCUUUAUGAUACCAUUUCAACUUCACCAGAUGCAACUGUGGAAGAAGGCGAUGAAGAAAUGCUUACAUUCGAAGAGUACAUUGACAUGAUGACUAAGUUGGAAGAAGAGAUGAUUCUCGAUAUUCUCGAGACUGACAAGCACUCGAAUAUCUUGGCUAUGAGGAAGAUGAAGCGUAUGAUUCCCUUGAAAGUCGUGGUGACGCGGUGA